AUGGCACCAGUCUACAUAGCAAUCAUCGGCCUAGGCGGUGUCGGCAAAGCAUUCCUCUCACAACUGAGUCGCCUCUCGCUACCAACAGCAACAAAACCAACAGUGAUAUUCGCGUCCCGAUCCUCGAAACAACUAUACACAAAGUCCUACGAUGCCAUCGACGCCACGAACCUUGACUCAUCGAGUUCUUCCCUGUUAUCCCUACCCGACCUGACCGCGUAUCUUGCAGACGCACCUGGAAAAGUGAUUCUCGUCGACAAUACUUCGAAUCAAGAUGUUGCAGAUGCGUAUCCUAGCUUUUUGAAGAAGGGAAUAAGUGUGGUGACGCCGAACAAGAAGGCUUUCUCCUCUAGCUUGGAGCUGUGGAACGAUAUCUUUGGCUCGGUGUCUGCGCAGGCUCUGGUAUACCAUGAAUCCAGCGUUGGUGCAGGGCUCCCUGUGAUCUCGACGUUGAAAGAUCUCGUUGCGACAGGUGACCAGAUCACCAAGAUUCAGGGUGUAUUCAGCGGCACGAUGUCCUUCCUCUUCAAUACCUUUGCGCCUGUUUCAGGCUCUGGCGCAGGGAAGUGGUCGCAAAUUGUGAGCCAGGCGAAAGAUGCAGGGUAUACUGAGCCGGAUCCACGGGAUGACCUGAAUGGGAUGGACGUUGCGAGAAAAUGUACUAUUUUGGCUCGUCUGGCGGGGUUGAAGGUGCAGGGUCCUGAGAGCUUUCCGGUGCAGUCGCUUAUUCCGAAAGAGUUGCAGAGUGCGGGUUCGGCGGCUGAGUUUAUGGAGAAGCUGCCGCAGUAUGAUGGUGAGAUGGAGAAGUAUAAAGAGGAUGCAGCGAAGCAGGGCAAGGUCGUGCGGUUUGUGGCCAGUGUUGAUGUUGCCAACGAUAAGGUCAGUGUUGGUUUGGAAAUGGUGGAGAAGGAUAGCCCAAUUGCGGCAUUGAAGGGUUCUGAUAAUAUCUUUGUGUUUCACACUCAGAGAUACAGCUCGAGUCCGUUGGUUGUGCAAGGUAGUGGUGCUGGUGGUGAGGUUACAGCUAUGGGCGUUAGUGCUGACUUGAUCAAGGCCAUUGAGCGGCUUAGUUGA